UAUAAAUCAAAGGAAAAAAUAUUUGCAGUUUACCAGUUAAAUUAAAAAUUCUUAGCGAUACAAUCAGAUUUUUGUAUCAAGUAACGACCGUCAGCCUCUUGUCAACAACCGAAGUGUGAAAUGGUUAAGACCUGUUGCGUAAAUGCGCCCAAACAGACAGCGACGUCGUCGACUGCCGCCAAAGCUUCGUACAGCCGAAAUGCAUUUAUGCAUUUUCUAAGCGAAUAUCGGCGCGUCUGCAAUCGCCGAUCGCCAGCGUGGUUGACCGCCACGGAAGCCGGCGAGGUAUGGUCGCGUAUGCCACUUAAUGAUAAGUACUGUUAUAUUGAGGCCGCACGCAACGCUGGUUACGUGUAUACGGCACGUGAUCGUCGCAUGAAUCGCGUGAUGCGUCAUCUGCGUAAGUCGCUGACAGAUAAUGAACAUCGCGUCAAUUUGAUGGAACUCUCAUUGGCCGUCAAGCAGAUGCAGUUGUGGAAACGUAGAACGCUGGAUGAAAUGUGUCGACGCUGAUGAGUCUUUACGACAGCUUAAAUACGCUAAAGUAAGGGUUGUCAGCAAUGUUAGUAAUCUUGUGGGUGUUGAUGUGUAUAACAUUCGGUAAU